UCUAGUCUAGACCUCGUUCUUGAGGUACGAAUACAAGAAAAAAGGGCAAGAAUGGGGUUGAUAGUACGAAUACGAGUAGAGUUGUUGGGGAUUGGGAAGAUCUUCGGAUAUCCGGGACCUAAUCAAGAAAAAAUUGGUUCUUCGGAUCGUUCCGACUGGCACACUAAUUACAAGCAAAAUCGGAACUUCCCAAACGCAUUUUCAAGGAAGGGUUCUAAACCAACGCCUAGUUACAUGCAUUAUCGCAAUUUUCAAGCACAUUUUCAAGAUCAACUACCAAAAUCUUUGGCUAAUUUUUGGGAUGAUUUCUUCAGCCUAUACCUUGAUAAUUUUUUUUAUUAUUAUGUAAAUGCACUUUUCUUAUUUUUCUUUUUUUCAUUAAUUUAA